AUGAAGCUCUUUAAGAAGCCUGAAGAGGUUGCUGGCUCAGCCACGCCUGCUAUCCUCAUGGGAGGGUUCGCUUCUCUCGGGGGUAUUCUCUUUGGCUAUGAUACCGGCACAAUUAGUGGUAUUCUGGCAAUGGACUAUUGGGUCAGACUUUUCAGCACUCAUGUCGAUGUCCAGGGGCAGGCAUACAUCACCACUGGCGAACAGAGCUUGAUUGUUUCUAUUCUUUCAGCUGGCACAUUCUUCGGUGCUUUGUCUGGUGCACCAAUUGGUGAUCUAGCUGGAAGGCGACUUGGUCUUUUAGUUUCAUGCGUGAUUUUCAAUAUUGGAGUAGUCAUGCAAACUGCAGCAAUGGCUAUCCCGCUCUUUACCGCUGGGCGUGCGGUGGCUGGCUUUGGGGUGGGCCUGCUCUCCAGUCUUGUCCCGUUGUACCAGUCCGAAUGCAGUCCCAAGUGGAUUCGAGGAACAAUCAUUGCUGCUUACCAACUUGCGAUCACCAUUGGGCUCCUGCUAGCAGCGAUCGUGAACAACGCCACUCAUGAUCGGAAUGACUCUGGCAGUUACCGCAUCCCUGUGGCCGUACAGCUUCUGUACGGCUUGAUCCUGGGAUUCGGAAUCUUCUUCUUUCCAGAAACGCCUCGGUUCUUCGUCAAAACUGGGAAUACCGCCGAAGCCUCCAAAUCCUUGGGGAGAUUACGUCGUCUGUCUCCGGAUCAUCCCGCAAUUACCGAGGAACUCGCCGAGAUCAUUGCAAACCAUGAGUAUGACAUUGCUCUAGGAACAUCCAGCUGGCUUGAUCUUUUGAAAAGCCAUGGUCGACAACGGCGCCGGCUUUUGACUGGCUGUGGUAUCAUGGUGGCACAGCAACUGACCGGAAUCAAUUUCAUCUUUUAUUAUGGAACUCAAUUCUUCAAGAACUCCGGCAUCAGCAAUCCAUUCUUGAUUGGACUUACAACGAAUCUCGUCAACGUCGCCUCAACAAUUCCAGGCUUGUUGCUCGUUGAGAGAUGGGGAAGGCGACAACUUCUUUUCUGGGGAGCUGUUGGUAUGACCAUAUGCGAAUUCAUCGUUGCGAUUGUAGGCGCAACUUCCUCAUCCAAUGUAGCCAAUACGGUUCUGAUUGCAUUCACAUGCAUAUAUAUCUUCUUUUUUGCCAUCUCAUGGGGUGUUGCAGGAUGGGUGGUUGUGGGUGAGAACUUCUCUCUGCGAUUCCGUGCACAGUCAGUUGCCUGUUCUAUCGCUAGUAACUGGCUUUUAAACUGGGCAAUUGGUUUUGCAACUCCAUAUCUGGUUGACGAAGCCCCUGGUGCGGCAGGUUUGCAGGCCAAGGUGUUCUUCAUCUGGGGUGCUUGCUGCUUGGGAUGCGCAGUCUUCGUUUACCUUUGCAUCUUUGAGACCAAAGGCCUCACGCUCGAACAGGUAGAUGACAUGUAUGAGAAAGUGUCGCAAGCGUGGCAGUCGGAAUCGUAUACCCCACAGGACACCUUUCAGGAACAGAUGCGGAAGCAGAGCACAUGUGGGGUUGAACAUGUCGAAGGCCAGGACGCCAGAGGCUUUGUUGAAAUCAACUCCGAUAUCAAAUCCCAAACAGUCCAAGUUUGA